AUGCCAAUGUUUGAAUGGUUUCUAAUCGGGAUCGCGCUUGCCAUGAUCUUCUCGAUUCUGUUUUGCCCAGUAACCGACCACGAGUAAGUUGACGUCAAAAAUUUUUAAAAACCCUUGAAAAAAAGCAACUCAAUGUUUCAUCAUACAUAUCAAUCGUUGUUGCUGCACUGAUAACUGUCCUUUCUUUUUAAACAAAACUUUUCUGUUCCUCAACAAAAAUUAAAGGCGAUUUAACUCCAAAAUGGGAGAGGAAUGGCUAAUAAUAUUCCUUGGGCUCAUAAUCGCUGGAGCCGUUUGCUGCCCCGGAUUUUGCUUCGGGUGAGUUGAACCGGAAUGCCAAUACUUGGCGCUACGACUUUUCUGGUUAGCGAGAGUUCGGGUCAACGAUACAGAGAGGGACAUGCAAAAUGCUUCCCUCUCCAAGUGAAAAAACAUCGUUUUGAAGGGCGCGCAUUUCCCUUAUAAAAAGAGGCCCGCUUUUGAAACCGGAGUUUUUUCACUUAGAGAGGGAAGCAUUUUGCCACAUUUUUGAUACUUCCCUGAUGCAAAAUGCUACGUUUUAUGCCACUGGAUCAGGUCCCCCACUGUACUGUGGAUCGCCUAGGUUCGUCGUUGUAUGCAUGGGGUGGCUAGGAGAAGGCUUAUUUAAAAACAAGACUAAUCGGGUCCUUUGACAGUUUUGAGGUAUUUUACAUCUACUCACAUCAAUAGUAUCUAGAUAAAAGUUACUGAUCUUCGUUUUUCGCCGCAAAUUUAACUCUUUUAUAUGUUAUAAUAACCCAGGGUAAAGAAAAUAACAUUAGUAAUCGCUAAAAUUAGAAAAAAUGGAGAUACUGCAACUCCUCGCCAAGUCUCCGCCGAGCGUCCGCCGACCCUCCCACGGCUUUGCAACGCCUCGAGACACUUCCUGCAAAGUACCUCACCUUGCGCCUAGGUACUGGCCGUGCGAGGCCCUGUAGCAAAAUUUUCUUUGGAGACCUCCGAUAAUGCUUCCGACCGUCGCCUUGAACCAAAUAAGCUUUGAGCUUGAGACGCCCCUAACGCGGCCCGGCAGCAAAGUUCGUCUCUAAGCUGCAAUCCGUGCUGACGUUUUUAUAAGUAUAUAAUUACAAAUUAGUCGUCCCUGACCUUUAAAAGAAUUCAUAUAACCCAAAUAAAUUUGAUUGAACAGAUAGGAACGCACUAGAAACUGAUAACGUUUGGCAGUUUUUCCUUCCUUGAUUAAAUCUCCAGUUUUUCCUUCCAGCCACUUGAUUCUAGACUGCUCCAAAUGGAUACCUUCUGGCUUUUGGCGACAGUUGUCAUUGUAAUCGCAUUUGUGAUGUUGGUUGGGAAAAUUGGGUAAACUGGCUAGUAGUAAAACAAAAUUGAAAAAAAUUAUUUUUUGCUUCCUCGCAAGGGAAGUGCCCCAAGUGGGACGCUCAGAUUUUGUUUUAAUUUUGUGCACGUGCUGGGCAUAGGGCUUAUCAAUUUCUGAAAAUUUCAUCUUGCGCUUUGCAUUUGCAUCCGAGGUGCUCAAUGAUUUUUGCGGCCGUUAGAGUACGAGAGUACGAGAAAAGCGGAGAGCGGAAUGGAGAAAAGGUUUUUAGUUUCGUGCUGAAAAAAAUCGAUUUUUGGAGGUAACAAAAAAGUUGCUCCUCGGUAGAAGUAGGCAUGACUAAAUCUUUUUUUUUCCUUUUUUUUAAUAAGAAAAAACUGUCACAUUUGGUACAAAUUUCGAUCAAAAAUCAUUGUCAUUCCGACAAAGCGCAAGCACUGCCGGGAAAAUAAAGAGUCGCAUCGAAAAUCGCAUCGCUGCCGGUAAAAUGAAUUGUGUCGCGAGGUCUUACAUUUCUCUUCAGCGUCACGAACGGCGCAGCGAAAUUGUGCUCAUUAUUUUCCCGACAGUCUGGUUGGAGUCUCGUAUAAGCAGCUUUUAAAAUAUUAUCCUAAAUGUAUACCAAUUUUCAUCAAAAUCUGAGCGUCGCACUUGAAAUAUUAUAUAUACUUUCCCCAUGUUAAUUAUUUUCUUUCAGCAAUCGCUACUAUCGUCGACGUCGUGAACAUGUGACAGUGGUGUACACAGUUCCAGAAAACCUUAAUCGAACAUCUCCUCGAGCGCAACAAACCGGAGUCACCAUUGACCCAAUUUUCCAUGCAUACCCGACUAACCCAACAGCACCUCCACCGCCGCCGCCGCCGUAUACGGCGGCAGCACCGUAUUGA